UCUAAAGAGAGACAACAUGCCUGAGACACUGAAAGCCCCCGCAGUGAAGGCGCCCAAGAAGGGCACAAAGAAAGCCGUUUCUAAAGCCACCAAGACCGGCAAGAAGAGGCGCAAGUCCCGGAAGGAGAGCUACGCCAUCUACGUGUACAAGGUGAUGAAGCAGGUUCACCCCGACACCGGCAUCUCCUCCAAGGCCAUGGGCAUCAUGAACUGCUUCGUGAGCGACAUCUUUGAGCGCAUCGCCGGUGAGGCCUCUCGUCUGGCUCACUACAACAAGCGCUCCACCAUCACCUCCCGGGAGAUCCAGACCGCCGUCCGCCUGCUGCUCCCCGGGGAGCUGGCGAAGCACGCGGUGUCUGAGGGCACCAAGGCCGUGACCAAGUACACGAGCUCCAAGUAAACUCUGUUCACCACCAACACAAAGGCUCUUUUAAGAGCCACACACUGAAUCUACUGAGAGCUCAAGUUCAACAAUCUGUCCAUUAUAUGAGGUACUGUGCAGAUGUACGUGCGCGUGUAAUGAAUCCCACGUGAGAAGAUGUUCAUGUAGGAGAGACGCAGCCGGAGCCUGAUGUACUAUGCACGGGAUGUGUCAUCGAAAAGCACUGAACACAAAUUAGGAACUAUGGACCAUUAUAAAACUAAAGUACAUAUAAAAAAAUAAUUCCCCAUUCUAAAAUAUGACUGUUAAAGACCAAUAAACACAGGUCAUAAAUACAGACCUUUAACACAGAUUAAACCACUACUCCAGAAUUAUCCAAGAUUUAAUGUAUAGUUU